CCGAUUCAAAAACGUAGCAGAAAAGUUCUGUACGAGAGAGAAAACUAAAUUGGUACUCUGGUGUACUGUAUUUUAUCGUACUUGAAUGAUUUUGGCAGGAUUAAAUCGCACCGGCUCCGCCCGACAUUUCAUAAAUUUUCUUUUUGAAGCUUGUAUCGAUAUGAGGAGUUGAUUUUUUAUUUUUUAGAAGUUUUCACAUCUUCUUCUUCAAGACCACGCAUCCAAAAAGAAAAAUGAUUGGCAACGGCGAGGCAUAUGCAAACCGAAACCCGGAUAGCAGAAACACGUUCUACGACACGACAAUCGGCGAAGGAAAAUACAAGAGUGUUGGAGACGGGAGGUAUCAUAACGGGGAGCCAUGCGUUUGCAAGUUUCUCAAGACGGGCACCACGUUUAGUGACGAUUGCUUCCUCGAUGACGUAAAAAAUGCUGAAGCAGCUUUGCCGUACAUCGCUGGAUUUCAUGAAUAUGUGCGAAAGUCCUUGCCGCAGUAUGCAGGGAGCAUAUCGAUCAAGGUUAACAUACCCGAAGUCUGGUCGCAGUCUAGUAACGGCUGGGGAAAGGGACAAAAGUUUCUGGUCGAACCCUUAGUGCCGAACUUUCAGAAGUUCAACAGUAAUUCCGGGGCUGCAGACACAACUGCCGAAGUAGCACAGGCACUCAGUCACUACAGCUAUCACGUUUCUGAUGGUCGCGAGCUGCUCUGUGAUUUGCAGGGUGGGAAGAUUGGAAACUCCUACAUACUCUCGGAUGUCGUAAUUAUGAGCGCGGACAAGAAGUACGGCAACACCGAUCUUGGCUUGCCGGGAAUCGAAAACUUCUGCGCCGAGCACGAAUGCGGCCGGUUUUGUAGCAGAGAGUGGAAAAAUUGGAGCAACGCCAAGCGCCGCUACCAGCCAGUUAUGUCCACAACAAUCACCCUCGACGUCGCUCAUGUUCCCACUCCGCACACGAACAGGCAACACGUGCGCGAAUUUCCUUGCGAUAUUCUGUUUACGCAAAACAGCAUCAAGGGCCAGGUACUUCACUGGUUGGGCAAAAAUGAAUGGAUUUCCGCGUUUUCGUGCUGUCCACAGUUUGUGUUGUUGUUAGUGUUUGGAUGGAAAAAUAAGUAUACUUUACACUCACGACAUGGACUUCUUGGACUUUUGCUGUCAGAAAUCUUGAUGCGUAGUACUGAUAUAAAAAUGAUUGAAGCGAAUACGAAAACUCAGUUUCAAGACGGCAGAACGCUUCUGGAUACCGCGUUGGAGCUCGCCCGGCAAGACAUUCAAAAGCGCGAUAUUCCGAUGAUUACUGCAGUCCGCUACCAGGGAGAUUUAUGGACGCUCGACAAUCGUCGACUUGCAGUGUUUCGUCUGCUGCAGAUGGCGAACAAGCUCCACAAAAUCAAGGUGGAAGUGGUUUCCUUUGAUCGGGUUGAGGACGAGUUCAAUCGAAAAUGGGACGGCGCCAACGGUCACACGAUAGCCAUCCGACAAACCAACUAUGUCAUUGGGCGGAGCGAGUCAAGCACACAGUAUCCUGGGUUGGCGCAGAUCCGGAACACCUAUCCAAGCGAGAGCUCGACGGACGCAGCGCUUUCCAUCUUCCUGGGUACGCUAGUCGACAAUUAGAAUUCGCCACAGUCGCCGCAGGGGUUCGGGUUGUUUAGGUUUGGGAUGAGUCACAGUGACUUCUGAAUGCUCCAUUCCAGCAGCAGCACAACAUCGCUGAAGAUCACGCUUUGAAUUCUAUAAUCCCUUGGUGACCAGAUAAUGUAGAAGAGUUUUUUUUUUAUCUUAAAGCCAAACCUGCUAAAGUCGAUAUCGACCG